AUGGCCUGCAUGCCCAGCUCUGGGUGGAAUGCCUGGAGGUACCACAUGGCAGAGAAGUCACCCACGGUACAGCCAACGAGGCACCGAAGGGUGUUGACGCCAGCCCGUUUCCAUGUCGCCCUGGAGCUCCAAAAGUCGAGACUCAGCGUCGAAGGAGUAGGGGCUUUGGCCGAUUUGCAGGUAGAGGUAGUUGCUGUGCUUUUGCAGGUAGAGGUAGCUGCUGUGCUUUUGCAGGAGGAUGAUGCUGGUGCUGUGCUUUUGCUACAUUUUGGCCGUGAUUGGCACGACAGGAUCGCUGCUGCUGGAUUCCUUGAGAGGCUGAAGGACAUGGGCGAGCGCGGGUGUGAGGCAGAAAGAACGUGUCGCGCGAGGGUUGACCGUGAGGUGCGGAAGAGUGAUGAAGCUCUGUCAGCAACCAAUGGCAGUAUUACCGCAAACUUUCUCAUCUCUCUCCAUUUAAGCAUGGCCACCCCCAAGGAGAUAGAAUACCUCCGCCAAGCGGUCGCCCUCGCCCGGGAAGCCCUCGAGGCCGGCGACGACCCCUUCGGCUCUGUCCUCGUCGAUCCCACCACCGGCCACGUCCUCCAAGCCCACCGCAACCGCACCGUCACGGGCGCCCAAGAGAAUGAUGCGCACCCAUCAGAGGCAGGGAAGCCCGAUCCCACGCUGCAUCCCGAGUUCACCCUCGCCCGCUGGGCCCAGUUCAACCUCAGCGCCGAGCAGCGCUCCAGGGCCGUCGUGUACACGUCCGGCGAGCACUGUGCCAUGUGUGCCGCCGCCCACGCCUACUGCGGGCUGGGCCGCAUCGUGUACGCGACCUCGACGGAGCAGUACGGCGAGUGGAGGAGGGAGAACGGCGUGGCGGGGGGCAAGGUCGCUCCCCUGAGCAUCCGCUCAGUCGCUCCUGGUGUCGCUGUCGGGGGACCUGUGCUCGAGUUGGCGGACGAGGUCAGGGCGCUUCACGUGCAGCGGUGGGCUGCGAAGAGAAAGUGA